GACUAUCCCUGUAAGGCUGGUACUGUUUGGGCCUAACAAGCUUCAUGGUCGGUCAUGGAACUGCUGCAGUUCACAUGUCUGCUUUUACUUAUCAGCUUGAAAUGUUUGACAGGUUUUGGCCAGCAGUGUGGGGGUAACCAGUGGCAGUGUGAUGAUGGAGCUUGUCUGCCUCUUUCCUGGCACUGCGAUGGAAAUGGCGACUGUAUGGAUGGCUCUGAUGAAAUGGCCUGCCCCUGUCCUAGGGGCCAGGUUGCCUGCAUGGCCGGGGCUCCUGGUUGUGUAAGUACCUCUGCAGUAUGUGAUGGGCUGCGCCAGUGUUCUGAUGGGUCUGAUGAGUUUAACUGCCCAGAGAACCAGGGCUGUCUGCAGGGGGACUGGAGGUGUAGGAAUAAGAUCUGCAUCCCCAAGGACCUAUACUGUAACGGUGCUAACGACUGUGUGGACAACUCUGAUGAGGCCUGUGGCCGGUGUGGUCCAAUGGCUGUGCGUUGUCCUGGAGGGGUGUGUCUGACUGAAGAUGAGAGAUGUGAUGGAAAAUUGCAGUGCUCUGAUGGCAGUGAUGAACCCUCUACCUGUGGGAGGACCUGUUCAGAAGAGAACGGUGGCUGCAGUCACUCCUGUGUGGAUAAGCCCUGGGGAGCCCUCUGCUCCUGUCCUAAAGGCCAUAGGCUAUCUGCUCAUGGAGCCUCCUGUCUGGAUGUGGAUGAAUGCGCUCUGCCUUACGGUCCAUGCAUGCACUUCUGUGUCAACACACCCGGGUCCUUCUACUGCCACUGCCGAGAUGGCUUCCAGCUUCAAGGAACCACCUACUGCUAUGCUAAAGGAAAUUAUACAAAGUUUCUGACUGCAACGAAGGGAACUAUCGGAUUCCUGAAUCUGAAGACUCUGAGAUUCGAGUCCAUUCAGAGUAUUGGCUAUGAUCCUCUGGCCUUGGCCUUUGACCUCUCCAGGAGCUCAUUCUACUGGGCUGAUGACCAGGGGAACAUCUACAAGGCUAAGGAGCAGCAGCGCAGGAUCCUUUAUCAUGGACAAUAUGGGGUUAGAAGUCUAGUCUGUGAUUGGCUGACAGGCCAGCUGUACUGGACCAACCAGAAGACCCGGUCUAUUCAUGUUGGGGCAGCUGAUGGGAGUGGAUUUGCAACGGUCUUGGCCAAGAACAUAGACCCGUUGGAGCUGGUCCUUCUUCCCAUUGAAAGCUUGUUGUUUUGGAUCAACAAAGGUCCAGGUGAUAAAAUUACUCUGGAGAGAUCUGGGAUGGAUGGGUUAAAGCAGGAAUCUCUGGUGGUCCUCACUGCACAGGCUCCACGGAGUCUGACCCUGGAUGUUACAGCUCGGAGGCUGUACUGGAUGAGUGAUUUUAAAAAGUCCAUAGAGACUGUGCGAGUGGAUGGGAGUGGUCGCUACAGCUUUCUGGAGUUCUUUAAGAGGAGACCAGCUCAGAGCCUGGCGGUGUUUGACAGGUGGUUCUACUGGACAGAUCAGAAGGGUCUGUGGCUCUCCCCUCAGGACCGACCUAAUCAGAAGACCUUUAUUCAGAGGACAACACUCCCUAUCCUAGAGGCAUACCAUGAACAACAGCAGCCAAAAGCUCCAUCAGCCUGUCUAAAGUCUGGCUGCCAGCUCUGCAUGCUGACUCUGGACCUGCCUGCUGGGUUCACCUGUACCUGUCCUGAUGAUAAACUGCUCAUGGCAGAUGGCUCAUGUGAAUAUCCCAGGUUUGCUUAUGCAACAUCCACAACACUGAACCUGUUUGAGUUGAAAGGGAAGGAGCUGAUCAAGACAAAACUGCUGACUACAGAUGAUGUCAUGGAGUCUUUUGACAUCGACUGGAGGGGGGACUGGGUCUACUGGGCGAACAGCACUGGUCAUGUGAUGCGCUGGAACCUCAAUACCGGCCAAACAGAGACUGUCCCUACGCUGAGACCAGCCUGCGUGGUGGCAGUAGACCAGAAGAUGAGAAAUCUGUACUGGCUGUCAUGUGAUGAAGUCUGUGUUGGCGUCACUAACAUGGAUCAGGGUUACCCACGGAGACUGUACCAGUCAGGCAGUGAGGUAAGAGAUGUUUAUCUGGACUGGCAGCGGGGGAGGCUGUACUUGCUGGAGGCUGGCUGGAUCCUAUCCAUGAGACUGCCAGGAGGAAACCCUAGGAAAGUCCUGAGAGUGGAGGGACACAUCGCUGGGCGCAUUGUUUUGGACCUACAAUCUAACACACUGCUCUGGAACACAGAGGGGGACGAUCUGAAGAUCAUGAGUCUGUUGAAGUCCCAGACUCACCUGGCAGGCAGAGAGUGGAAUGUCCCUGGUUCCAUCAUGGCCGCUCACUCUCCGCUCCUGGUGUCGCUGUUUAACGAUGUCAUCACUGUGUGGGACCGGCGGGACAGGAGGCGUGUCCACGAUGUCCCUGUCGGACCAGGCGUUGUCAGGGUGAUCGUGGCUCUGGAUGUAAAGGACGUGCCUCCUGCUCAGCCAGUCUGUACCAGUCCAUCAGUGAUGUGUCGGGGCUCAACUUUGUGCAUCUCCCAAACUCAGCUGUGUGACACAUUGAGAGACUGCCCUGAUGGUUUUGAUGAGGAGUCCUGCAUUACUAAAUGUCCAAACCGAGGUGAGUUCCGGUGUAAGGACAGGAGGAAAUGUAUUGAGAGGAGUCUGGUUUGUGAUGGACGCGCUCAUUGCCAUGAUGGCUCAGAUGAGAUUGGCUGUCCAACGAUAGCUGCUCCAACAUCCCAAACUGCACCCCUGAAGUGCCGUAUGGGUUCUAGACUGUGCAAGGAUGGGAGAGAGUGUGUCCUGUAUAGCCAUGUUUGUGAUGGCGAGGUGGACUGUAAGGAUGGAUCAGACGAACAGGACUGUGAGCUCCUCUGCAAAGCAGGUCAGUUCCAGUGUGCUCAUGGCAAGAAGUGUAUCGACCAGCAGCAGGUGUGUGAUGGGAAGGCACAGUGCCAGGACCGUUCUGAUGAAAUGGACUGCUUCAAGCCCACCAAGAGCUGCAGGCAUCGCUGUGACAAUGGCCACUGUAUCCCAGAAACCUUCCUCUGUGAUGGAGAGAGAGACUGUUCGGACGGCUCUGAUGAGGAAGGCUGUGAUUCUAACAAGGCCCUUCCUCCUAUCCUGCCAACAACUCUGGUUCAGACCUGUACUAGUCCAUCAGUGAUGUGUCGGGGCUCAACUUUGUGCAUCUCCCAAACUCAGCUGUGUGACACAUUGAGAGACUGCCCUGAUGGUUUUGAUGAGGAGUCCUGCAUUACUAAAUGUCCAAACCGAGGUGAGUUCCGGUGUAAGGACAGGAGGAAAUGUAUUGAGAGGAGUCUGGUUUGUGAUGGACGCGCUCAUUGCCAUGAUGGCUCAGAUGAGAUUGGCUGUCCAACGAUAGCUGCUCCAACAUCCCAAACUGCGCCCCUGAAGUGCCGUAUGGGUUCCAGACUGUGCAAGGAUGGGAGAGAGUGUGUCCUGCAUAGCCAUGUUUGUGAUGGAGAGGUGGACUGUAAGGAUGGAUCAGAUGAACAGGACUGUGGUGAAUCUCCAGUUCCACUUACUACAGCUUAUUUGGCUCCAACUACAACCAUUCCAGAUAUUCUUCCUGCUCAGCCAGUCUGUACCAGUCCAUCAGUGAGGUGUCGGGGCUCAACUUUGUGCAUCUCCCAAACUCAGCUGUGUGACACAUUGAAAGACUGCCCUGAUGGUUUUGAUGAGGAGUCCUGCAUUACUAAAUGUCCAAACCGAGGUGAGUUCCGGUGUAAGGACAGGAGGAAAUGUAUUGAGAGGAGUCUGGUUUGUGAUGGACGCGCUCAUUGCCAUGAUGGCUCAGAUGAGAUUGGCUGUCCAACGAUAGCUGCUCCAACAUCCCAAACUGCGCCCCUGAAGUGCCGUAUGGGUUCCAGACUGUGCAAGGAUGGGAGAGAGUGUGUCCUGCAUAGCCAUGUUUGUGAUGGAGAGGUGGACUGUAAGGAUGGAUCAGAUGAACAGGACUGUGGUGAAUCUCCAGUUCCACUUACUACAGCUUAUUUGGCUCCAACUACAACCAUUCCAGAUAUUCUUCCUGCUCAGCCAGUCUGUACCAGUCCAUCAGUGAGGUGUCGGGGCUCAACUUUGUGCAUCUCCCAAACUCAGCUGUGUGACACAUUGAAAGACUGCCCUGAUGGUUUUGAUGAGGAGUCCUGCAUUACUAAAUGUCCAAACCGAGGUGAGUUCCGGUGUAAGGACAGGAGGAAAUGUAUUGAGAGGAGUCUGGUUUGUGAUGGACGCGCUCAUUGCCAUGAUGGCUCAGAUGAGAUUGGCUGUCCAACGAUAGCUGCUCCAACAUCCCAAACUGCGCCCCUGAAGUGCCGUAUGGGUUCCAGACUGUGCAAGGAUGGGAGAGAGUGUGUCCUGCAUAGCCAUGUUUGUGAUGGAGAGGUGGACUGUAAGGAUGGAUCAGAUGAACAGGACUGUGGUGAAUCUCCAGUUCCACUUACUACAGCUUAUUUGGCUCCAACUACAACCAUUCCAGAUAUUCUUCCUGCUCAGCCAGUCUGUACCAGUCCAUCAGUGAGGUGUCGGGGCUCAACUUUGUGCAUCUCCCAAACUCAGCUGUGUGACACAUUGAAAGACUGCCCUGAUGGUUUUGAUGAGGAGUCCUGCAUUACUAAAUGUCCAAACCGAGGUGAGUUCCGGUGUAAGGACAGGAGGAAAUGUAUUGAGAGGAGUCUGGUUUGUGAUGGACGCGCUCAUUGCCAUGAUGGCUCAGAUGAGAUUGGCUGUCCAACGAUAGCUGCUCCAACAUCCCAAACUGCGCCCCUGAAGUGCCGUAUGGGUUCCAGACUGUGCAAGGAUGGGAGAGAGUGUGUCCUGUAUAGCCAUGUUUGUGAUGGCGAGGUGGACUGUAAGGAUGGAUCAGACGAACAGGACUGUGAGCUCCUCUGCAAAGCAGGUCAGUUCCAGUGUGCUCAUGGCAAGAAGUGUAUCGACCAGCAGCAGGUGUGUGAUGGGAAGGCACAGUGCCAGGACCGUUCUGAUGAAAUGGACUGCUUCAAGCCCACCAAGAGCUGCAGGCAUCGCUGUGACAAUGGCCACUGUAUCCCAGAAACCUUCCUCUGUGAUGGAGAGAGAGACUGUUCGGACGGCUCUGAUGAGGAACGCUGUGAUUCUAACAAGGCCCUUCCUCCUGUCCUGCCAACUCUGGCUCAGACCUGUACCAGUCCAUCAGUGAUGUGUCGGGGCUCAACUUUGUGCAUCUCCCAAACUCAGCUGUGUGACACAUUGAGAGACUGCCCUGAUGGUUUUGACGAGGAGUCCUGCAUUACUAAAUGUCCAAACCGAGGUGAGUUCCGGUGUAAGGACAGGAGGAAAUGUAUUGAGAGGAGUCUGGUUUGUGAUGGACGCGCUCAUUGCCAUGAUGGCUCAGAUGAGAUUGGCUGUCCAACGAUAGCUGCUCCAACAUCCCAAACUGCACCCCUGAAGUGCCGUAUGGGUUCUAGACUGUGCAAGGAUGGGAGAGAGUGUGUCCUGUAUAGCCAUGUUUGUGAUGGCGAGGUGGACUGUAAGGAUGGAUCAGACGAACAGGACUGUGAGCUCCUCUGCAAAGCAGGUCAGUUCCAGUGUGCUCAUGGGAAGAAGUGUAUCGACCAGCAGCAGGUGUGUGAUGGGAAGGCCCAGUGCCAGGACCGUUCUGAUGAAAUGGACUGCUUCAAGCCCACCAAGAGCUGCAGUCAUCGCUGUGACAACAAUGGCCGCUGUAUCCCAGCAACCUUCAUUUGUGAUGGAGAGCGAGACUGUGUGGACGGCUCUGAUGAGGAAGACUGUGUGGCAAUUAUUUGUGGCCAGCAGCAGUAUCAGUGCAGUAAUGGUCAGUGUGUGUCUGAGGCUCUCCGUUGUGACGGCCAUGCUGACUGCGGAGACCAUUCUGACGAGGUGGGCUGUGCCAAACCCCCCCACUGUCCCCCGGAGCUCCGCUGCCCAAACAGCCACGAAUGUCUUGUGGAGGAAUGGCUGUGUGACGGGGAACAGGACUGCCAGGACGGUUCAGACGAGAUGAACUGUAAGGUGUCUCCAGUGACGUGUGGGGAGUUCCAGUGGAGCUGUGUCUCUAAGACCCAGUGUAUCCCUGCAACCUGGAGGUGUGAUGGACAGAAAGACUGUGAGGACUACAGUGACGAGGCCGGAUGUGACCAGUUGAAGUGCUCCAACCAGCUUUACCAGUGUGGUAGUGGAGAGUGUGUGGACCAUUCCCUGCUCUGUGACCAAAUCAUCAACUGUCCUGAUGGAUCUGACGAGGGGCACGGUUGUUCCACCAAUAACUGCUCCAGCCCUGGGACCCCCCAAUGUGACCAGCACUGUGUCAGCACCCCUUACGGACCGAGGUGCAUCUGUGCUGCAGGCUUCCGGCUCCAGGCUAACGGUUUGUCCUGUGUGGAUGUUGACGAGUGUAAUGAGGUCCUACCACCUGUCUGCAGCCACACCUGCCUUAACACCCGCAGCUCCUUCCUGUGCCGCUGUCACCAAGGAUAUCUGCUGGAACCAAAUGGUCACAGCUGCAAGACCCAAGAUGAGGCUCACCUGCUGGCAUCUGUUCAGAAUAAGCUGCUGGUGUUGGGGUUGCAUAGCUCCAGCCUUUCAUUGCUCUCCACUAGUCAGACACCUGUGUUCUGUGUGGAUUAUGACUGGAGAGACCAGAGGGUAUACUGGGUCAGUCUGGAGGAGGAGAGCAUCAAGUGGACGUCCAUCAACACCAAGAACACAGGCACUCUGGUCAAAGGUGUGAAGUCUGAGUCUAUAGCUGUGGACUGGGUUGGCAGGAACCUGUACUGGCUGGAUGGGCUGGCCAGUCAGAUUCUGGCUGUGAGGCUGGGCACAUCUACAGUAAAGUCUCAGAACUACAUAGUGGUUCUGGAUGAGGAUCUGGAGCAGCCUCGCUCACUACUGCUGCUGCCACACAAAGGGUUGAUGUAUUGGUCAGAGGUUGGUAGCAAUCCCCAGAUAGAGCGGUCAGGGAUGGAUGGCUCUGAGAGGAAGGUGGUGUUGACUCGUGGUCUCAGCUGGCCAGUCAGUCUCUCUGUGGACACUCUCACUGACCGAAUCUACUGGGCAGAUGAAAAACUGCAGUGCAUCGGCUCUGUGUCCCUGGAAGGACACAAUGUCAGGCUUCUGCAGCUGACUGAAAUGCCCAGUCCAUUCUCUGUAAUGGUUUUCAAUGACAUGGUAUACUGGUCUGACACCAAGAGGGGAACUAUUCAAGUAUCCCACAAGAACACGGGCAAGAACCGCAAAGUUUUACUCAAAAGACCUGGACAGCCUUUUGGCAUCAGGAUUAUGCACCCCCUCCGGCAGAUCAACGUGUCCAGCCCCUGUGAGCAGCUCCAGUGUUCCCACAUCUGUCUCUUGGCUCCAGGACUGUCUACAGGCCCCAGAGCUGGGUCUACGGGACCCAAAGCUGUGUGUAGAUGUGCAGCAGGGCUUCUCCUGGCUGGGGACGGCCUCACCUGCUCCACCCUUGUAGACACCACCUUCCUCUUGCUCCUCUCUCCUACUGCAGUUACACAGAUAUACCUUAGCACCAUCCAUAGUGGUGUGGGGUUGAAGCGGUUGCCUGAGCACAAUAUAUGGUCUCUGCCGUGGGUGUACCAGGCCUCGGGGCUGGAUUUGGCUGUACAGGAGAGGAAUUUAUACCUGGCUGAUGCUGCCCAGGGCUCAGUCAAUCUCCUGAAACUGAGUAGCUCAGGCCUGACACCAGACGGCAGAAUCCUGAAUCUCCAGGAUGAUAUAGUGAUGGCUCUGGCUGUGGACUGGGUCACACUUAACUUGUACUGGAGCAGCAGGAAGCAGCCUGACCUACAUGUCACCUCCACCAGGGGGCAGCACACCGCACCUCUACUCCAACUAGGCCUUCAGGGAACCACCUCCAUUGCCCUGCACCCCCCCACAGGACGCCUGUGCUUCACGGCCUUGGGCCAGGUGAAUGUGAGGAGCCUGCCGCACGUGGACUGUGCCUUCAUGGAUGGACGUAGUCAGAAGCUGCUCUGGAGGAAGGCUGUGAUGCCAACCUCCCUUCUGUUCUCCAACAACGGCACUCGGCUGUAUUGGGCUGACAUAGGUGCUGGAGUGAUCGACUCCAUUCUUCUGGAUGGUUCUAGAUAUAAACAGUUUAAAGCAGAUCCCGGCCUCAUGUCCUUCACACUGGCUGAGAACUUGCUCCUGUGGAGCAGCCUGGAUAAAGAUGUGACUAGAAUCUGGUUCAGUGAUGGAUUUCAGCCCAAGCAGCUGUGGUUUGAGGUCAAUACCAAUGUAGUGGCACUGAGGGUUUACAGCAAGACCAGUCAGAAAGGAACGAACAGCUGCUCAGAGCGAAACGGAGGCUGCAGUCAGCUGUGCCUGGCCUACCCAGGGGGGCGUAGCUGCCGAUGUGGACGUGGUUACCAACCUGUCGACACCAAAACGUGUAGCCCCUUCCCCUCCCUCCAGUGUCCAGAAGGCAGCAGGGCCUGUAGCGACGGCAGCAGGUGCCUCCCCCUCAAUAAGUUCUGUAACCACCAAACCGACUGCCUCGACCAUUCAGACGAGAUCAAAUGUUGGUCUGGAGUGAAGCCCCAAGAUGUCAGCCAUAGUAAACCUUCCCCGGGGCAUGCUGGGAACACCGUCCCCCCUAGCCAGGACUGGUCUGGGAGGACCACCACCGGGGGGGUAGAGGUGCAGAAGCUGGACUCUGAGUCAUGUGAUGCCCAGCAGUGUAAUAGACAUGGGAAAUGUGUGACAAGGGGUGGAGAAACCACCUGCCAGUGUGUUCUGGGAUACCAUGGUGUGUUCUGUGAGGAGGGUGAGGGUCCAGGGGUCAGUAAUGCCCCCCUCACUUUGGGCAUCCUCAGCCUCAUUGGUGGAGUCCUCAUCGCUGCUGUCAUCAUCAGGAAGAGCAGAGCAAGAGCUGCAGCUCGGGGCCAGUCCACAGACAAGGAGACUCUGAUGACCAAUAUGGAUGAACAGACAGUCUACGCUGUGUCUUUCAACAACGAUCUGUAUGAUCCUGACCAGGAAUUGAUCUCGUCUGCUGAUGGGACAUCUCAACAUCUGUAAAUGUUGUCUUUUCUCUUCUACUCUGAAAUAAAGUCUAGGAUGUUGAA